CCUUCAUAACCGCUCCAUUCCAGAAGUUUGCUGAAGAAGCAUCAAAGUAACCACCAGAAGACCAUGAGCACAGAGAACAAGACCGAGGGUGUUAUCCAGGCCGGUAACCUGCACCGCAAGCGUGCGGGCCUGUUCGCUAAGCUCACGGGUGGCAAGCAGCAUGUGUACGUUGAGGCCAACGACAAGCAGAAGCAUGUGACAGUCUUCGAGUCGGAGACGAACAAGGCCACACCUCUUGCCACUGUGGACGUGUCUUCAGACGCUACUGUGGAGUUUGACGCGUCCAUGACGCAUGGUAUCAAGCUGGCGAACCCAAAGAUCACGGAGAUCUUCUCGGCCGAGAGCAAAGAGAAGCAGGAGGAGUGGCUCAACUCGUUCAUCAACGCUGGUGCUCAGUACCGUGAGGUGUUCAACGUGGAAGAUACGGCCAAGAUCAAGUCGUUCUACGAGUUGAAGGACUUCGAUAUGGCUGGCAAUGAGGUGUCCAUGAGCAAAUACAAGGGCAAGGUAGUGCUGGCCGUGAACGUGUCGAGCAAAUGCGGUCUGACGCCUACGAACUACCCGGAGCUGCAGACGCUGUACGAGAAGUACAAGGAAGAAGGUCUAGAGGUGCUGGCGUUCCCGUGCAACCAAUUCGCUGGUCAGGAGCCUGGCACUCACGAGGAGAUCAUGGAGUUCGUGAAGCAGUACAAUGUGACGUUCCCGUUCUUCGAGAAGCACGACGUGAACGGCGCCACGGCUCGUCCGGUGUUCACGUACCUGAAGACGAAACUGCCUGGUUCUUUUGGUGACUUUGUGAAGUGGAACUUUACCAAGUUCCUGGUGGACCGGAAUGGACAGCCGUACAAGCGUUUCGCUCCGAAAGACCGUCCGUUGUCGUUUGAGGAGGAAAUCAAGACGCUGUUGGCGCAGAAGGCUACGGAAGAGUGAAAGAUGACAAGACAGCGUGGUGCUAUGUCUCACCUUAGCUAAUUACAAUAUGAACACGCUGCUUAUUGACUUUGAA